GCGGAGCUUAUGAUGGAAAGGAGGAAAAAAGCCGUUGGGCCUUUCCCAGAUGGUUGUCGGUCGCCAGUCUAGUCGGAAAUCUUCGCUUUAUCUCUAAGGUAUGUCAUGCGGGCAUUUAGGUUCAGCGGUUUAUCGAUCCGUUCCCCGUCCGUGAGUAUGAUCUUGGCUUGCUGAGAGGAAACUCUUACUUCCGUAUAUGAUUUUCGUCUGAGGACGAUCGUUUCUGCGAGGAAACCGUGGAUUACCCACUUGAGAUUUCUCCCGCGAGGUGCUACAGGAUCGUCCGGCUCGAGGAAGAUUGUCUAACGGAACGGAGAGAAUCAUUGACAGGAACCCCGAAGGAGCGAACGAAAAAGCAAAACCCGCAGAAAAGGGAGAAAAAAAAAAUGGAAAAGGAAAAGAAAAAAAAGAGAGAAAAAAGAAAAAUUCAAGGGAAAAAAGGAAAAGGAAUAGGAUGCGCAGUAUGUACUCUCUCCCCUCUCUCUUUUUUUCCCGCUUUUCUUUUUACAUGUCCUGGAUUGGAUGUUGCUUUUUCUUGUAUUUUUGUUUUAUUUUCUUCUCCUCUCGUCCUUUCUGGCAUCUCCGCUCCACCUCCAGGCUGCAAAUCAGGUACCCAAUUUGCUCCCACAAUUUUUGCCUGGAGUAUACCAGAAUAGGCAAUUGUCCAAGUUACCCGAUUCUCUCAUUUAUCUAGACUUUUGGUGUAACACCUUGGAAAUUUCCGCAGUGCGAAAUUCCAUCUAUCAUAACAUCAAGUCAAGCUCACAUAGAGCACAAGUCUUACUAUUCCCAACCGCGUUAGCCAUCUGGUAGGAAACAUUCAUGUCACGGUUGAUACAGUAUUCAACCUGAGCGUCGUAUGAGCCAGUACGAGGUUUAGCGGUAUUCGGGCUCGACAGAUAUCCCUGUCCUUGUAAUCUAGCCCACAACCAAUCAGGGGCGGAUACCCCCACCAUUUCCAAGAGUAUUCUUGUCUUUCAUUUUUUUACUUUUUGAGCACUGUCCAAUCACCGUGCAAGUUUUAGUCUUUUUAUUUGUAUGGUACGCUAUCUGGCCUGUCCCGUCGGUCGUAGCUCUUCGUGUCUGUCAAUUAUUACCCUUGUUAUUCCAGAAUUGAUUUAUGUUAUUUAUUUUUCUUAAGUUUUAUUAUUAUAUUAUUAUAAAA